UUCCGUCACAAAUCGCGAUCUCGGCAACGCGCUACGGAGCGACACAUGGGUGGAUACAUGGCCAAACUCAUGCACAUGAUAGAUUUGUUCUCGAUGAAGAAACGCCGCAUCCUCCUCCUUGGACUCGACUCCGCUGGCAAAACCACAAUCCUGUACAACUUCAAAUUCGGCGAGACCAUGCAUACGACGCCCACAGUCGGUUUCAACGUUGAAAUGUUCCGCUACAAGAACGUCGAGUUUACCGCGUGGGACAUUGGCGGCCAAGAAAAGCUGCGCGGGGUAUGGCAUCAUUAUUACCAAAACACAGACGCCGUGAUCUUUGUCGUCGAUUCGAACGACAUCCAACGAGUUGGACAAGCAGCCGACGAACUCCAUCGCAUGUUCCAAGAAACGGAGCUCGAAAACGCCAAGCUGCUUGUCUACGCCAACAAGCAAGACCUCCCAAACGCUUUGUCCAUCUCCGAACUCUCAGACAAGUUGCAACUGGAUGCAGUCACGCCAAAUGCACACUGCAUGCAGCCCUGCGUAGCCGUCACUGCGGCCGGGUUGUACGAGGGCCUCGAGUGGCUCAGCAAAGCGCUCUUGUAUAGUUCCAGCGCUUUUGGUCACCUCGCCGUCAUACGCAGUUUUGGGCGAUCUCAACACUAUUUUAAGUUUACGCUAUUUACUUGUUGUGGAAACCUUGAAAUGGUGUGA